AUUCGUCACUUCCGCCGAAAACACGCUUUCAAUUUUGUUUUGAUAUUUACUUGAACUUCAUUCCCUACGACGUAACAAUUCCAGCAAUCAUUUCUUUAUAAUCAAAUACUUUCGGAAGUGGGGCGACUCGGUUAUAAUUUAUGAGUGCCCGCAAAUGUUUACUUCUCAGCUUUAAAUGUUAAGGUUUAUUAAAUCCAGGUACUGUGUAAGCUUAACAAAAAAAAAAACAUGGAAGUGGCAGUAAAAGCGAGAGCCAAGAGGAGGCAUUUAAAUGCAGACGAGCUAGAAAAAAGUCAAGCGGGUAUCCAAGCCCUCACCAACCCCCAAAGUUUAAGCACAAGCCGGGGCAGCACUUCCAAUCUGAACCCAAGACCUACCAAGAGAUCAAAAUGUGCAUCAAUCACCUCUAGUGCGGAGAACGGCUUCCCCCCAUGCACAAAUGGACUCCAUGGCGAACCAGAAGAUGAGGACGAUGCGCAAUCGUGGCCCUCGGACCUGGAGGAGGAGCCUGAAAACAAGAACAUUGACUACUUAGAGGGAGUAACCUCCGACAUGUUUGAAGAUGAGUUUGACUCUUCUGACGAGUUGGUGCACGAGGACCUGGAUGUGGAACCCCUGCCUGAUGCCACCUACGGUCUCCUCGGGAGUAACAAGGAGCUGCUGCAACCUCAGGGUUGUAUUGACGACCUUCCGGAGGAGUUGCUCAGGCAGGUCCUCAGCCUCCUUCCUGCUCGAGACCUGUACAGGAGCGCCGUACUCGUGUGCAAUCGGUGGCGCGACAUGAUUGAGGAUGACAAGUUUAUGCCCUUCAAGAAACAGUACUACCGCUUCAUGAUGAACGAAGAGGUUACAAUGACCGAGGUCACCUCCUCAUUGAUCAAGGGCCGCGUCAUAAAGCCAGCAAUGUCACAGCACGGCGUCCGCAACCUCGUUAUUUUAAUGUCGCACCAUAAGUUUGGCACGAUGGUGAAUCCGACGGACGUUUUGGAGCGAGUGAAGAAACAUCGUUUUUUCCCCCACGCUGACGCCGCCAUCAGAUUACGCAUUCGGAAUGUUCCCAAGUGCCCGAAUCUGCACGUGGAGGGCCCCAACCCGUUUGCAGCCAUGGCGGUGAUCUUACUCCUCAGCGAGAGCGUGGAGGACGUGCAGGCGUUGGUGACCUUGCUGGAAGACUGCAUGUCGUACAGCGACGUCACUGAGUUCCUCAGUCACAUGGCUAUGGUGCUGCUGGCUGCCGUGAGGAACAAGGUGAAGAUUAGCGAGAGGUUGCAUUACAACAUCUACUAUGUUCUUCACCUGAGGGAGAAUGGCCCCUUUUCGGUUAGCUGUUCGGAAGGCCGGAGCUCGCGCAUGAAGUUGACCUCAGAACAGCUGAACAUCCUCAGCCACGACAUUCAGGAGGACCACUUGGUGAAGAUUGUCGCCUUUGCAGGUACGGGGAAGACGACCACGCUGAUCAAGUACGCCGAGCAGCGGCCGCACCUCCGCUUCCUGUAUGUGGCCUUCAAUAAAUCGGUUGCUAGCGAAGCCUCGCAGCGGUUCCCGCCCAACGUGGACUGCAAGACUGUCCACUCGCUGGCCUAUAAAGAGAUCGGGAAAUUCUACCAAAAGAAGCUCACCUUCAAUCUGAAUGUCUUCUCCAUCAACACGGUCCUGCCCAAAGGUCGAGGGGGUUACGCCAAGGCCAAAGUGGUAGCCCAGACUCUCAACAACUUCAUGGCUUCCGUCAACGAGACCAUCGAGCGGAGCCACGUGCCUUUCUCGCAAGUGAGUCUUCAAGGCAACAAGACGGUCAUCACUGAAGAAGAAAAAGAGUUGUAUGUCCAAGAUGCAAAAAACAUUUGGAUGAAAAUGAAGGACCUCAAUGAGACUGAAGAAAAAGCCUACUACAUCACUCACGACGGUUACUUAAAGUUAUGGCAGCUCCAAAAGCCAAAGGUCAACCUCUCCGACCAAUACGAGGUUAUUUUUAUCGACGAAGCCCAGGACUGCACCCCCACCAUCAUGGACGUGCUGCUGAUCCAGAAAUGCGGCAAAAUGCUGGUGGGCGAUCCCCACCAGCAGAUUUACACCUUCAGAGGUGCCAUUAACGCUUUGCAGACUGUGGCUCACACGCACAUCUACUACCUAACACAGAGUUUCCGCUUUGGCGCCGAGAUCGCCUUCGUGGGGGCCAGCAUCCUCACAGUGUGCAAGGAUGUCCGCAAAAUUCUCGUCGGGGGAAGGCAGAAAGGGGGCGUGUUUGAUGAAAAAGCUGCCCAGGCCCAACAGGACAUAGCCAACGGGAUAAGCCCGCGUCAGGGAAACACGGCCAUUUUGUUCCGGUGUAAUUUUGGCGUGUUCAGCGAAGCCGUGCGGCUAACCGAGGCCAAUAACAAGUGCAACAUCCACUUCAUAGGCGGUGUGGACAACAUCGGGUUGAGUAAGAUCAAGGACAUUUGGUACCUAAUGGAAGGCAAAGAUAACCGCAAACUGAUCAAGGACCACCUGAUUGGAUCGUUUGCAAAAAUCCAAUCCAACCCCUUUGAGGCGUUGAAGCUGUACGUCAGCAAGACGGACGACCGCGACCUGGAGGCCAAGCUGACCAUUGUGACCAAAUACACAAAUCGCAUUCCUGAUCUGGUGAAGUGCCUGAGGAGACACUCGCAGGAUAACGUUAAAGAAGCAGACUUCAUACUUGGCACAGUUCACAAAGCCAAAGGCCUGGAAUUUGAAAUCGUGAUGGUCGGUUGCGACUUCAUCAACGUACCCAGCGCCAGACACAACAGCCACCACUUCAACGAAUUUUCUUUUAGUAACGUCCCCAACGACGAAUGGAACCUGCUCUACGUGGCGGUGACUCGCGCUCGAACGACGCUCAUCAUCACGAGGAGCAUCCAGUACAUCAUCACCCAGACUGGGGAGUACUUCUUAAAGUCGGUGAUGCCCGCUACGCCGCUGAAAGCGGGCGAGACGCCGCCGUGCCUCGUUUCCGCCUGUCCCAAUUGCAUCACGCCCGGUGCCGCUUUCAUGAUGUGCAGAAGACGGAUGACAUAUACGAGUGGCCCGUCUGCCGAGGGCGCGCUGUGCGAGAGGUGCGUGUGGACACGCGUCGGCCCAAUCGCUUACCUCAUGACGGACGACGUGCUCUCCAUGGCUGAAGUUCCAGAGCGCUUCAACCAGCAUUUAUUCCACAUCAUUUUCCACGCGCCGCUCUAGUUGGAACUGACUGGGAAUAUUUUUUUUUUAUUUCUGUAACAGAAAACUUGGGUUGUUUUGAUUCACUGUCUGUUAAAAAAUGGGACUGAACGGUCUGAUUAAAAAAGACUGAAAAGGUUAAAAAAAAAAAGUUGUUUGUAAAUAUGAAAAUAUAAAUCAGUAUAGGCUUUCAUACUGCAGUUGAGUUUGAUGUUUUGUGAUCUGUUCAAAUGCUUAUAAUAAAACAUUGGCGCAAUGGA